ACGGGCUCGACUCAGUAGCAGCUUGGAACGCGUCGCGGUUGGAGAACGGAGCAAUGGCCAUGGACGACUACGACGAUGACAUGAGCAGCGUGGGCGUGACCACGGCCCGGAUCGAGAGCCAGCACCAGCAGCAGGGUCACCACGGCGGACACCACCAGCAGGGCCAGAGCCAGUACAGCGCCGGGGCGGUGAAGGUGGGCGGGUGGCGCUACGAGGACGCCAGUCGCUACAUCGGCGAGUGGAACCAACGUGGCCAGAAGCACGGCAUCGGGCAUCUGCAGUUCGCCGACGGCACCCGCUACGAUGGCCAGUUCCAGGAGGGACUCAGCCAAGGAGUGGGCUGCCUGUGGUUCGCGGAUGGCGCAAAAUACGAAGGCGAAUUCCACCAGGGUUGGUUUCAUGGCCAUGGGAUCUUCUGGCGCGCUGACGGCAUGAAGUACGAGGGAGAGUUUCGCGGAGGCAAGAUCUGGGGCCUGGGAUUGCUGACAUUCCAGGACUUCACGCACGGCUUUCCCAGAAACGAGGGAUUCUUCCAAGACUGCCGCUUCAUGAGACGGCGUCGAUGUCCCGAGGUGGUGCAGCGGGCCCAGAAGUGUGCUCUUAUGGCCCGUUCCCAGUGCGAACAUCCCUACUGAACAGAUGAAUCAAAUACUUAAUGGGUGGAUCUUGAACACAAAAUAUUGAAACACUUCCGUUGACAUCUUCUCUACCACAAAUCUAUUACAACUGAAAGUUAUUUAAUCGGAAACCAAAAAAUAAUUAAAUAUUUUAGUACUUGGUACUUAAUACUUGCUUUCAAGCCUAUAGACAUUUCAUUUUAAAAGAGAGCCCUUUACGCAGUUGAAGUUUGGAAGUGGAAAAUGUCCAAGCGGUAAACCAGAAAACCCAUUGUUUAAUUUCUUUUUUAAUAAAAGUGUAAAAAAAUAAUAUAAAAUGGUUAUAUUAUCUCACUUAUUACCCUACAACCUUUAAGCCUAUGCCUUGUUUUAAACUAUCCAAAGUCGCAAGCCGCCUUAUAACUCUUUUUCAAACCUCAAUAAAAACAGCAAUAAAUGUAUGAAUGUAAGUCCUAGAA